AUGGAUAGGAUAAGUCCGUUGCAUGAUGAGCUACUCUUGAAGAUAUUGUCGUUUCUUCCUACUACUAAAGAUGUAAUGGCGACGAUGGUUCUGUCUAAACGGUGGCAGCCGCUUUGGAUGAUGGUGCCAAGACUUGUAUACGAUGAUACUAGCUAUCAAAACGUUGGUUAUGGAAGUUUUCGGCGCUUUGUAGACAGGUCUCUGCUUUUUCACAAGGCUCCAGCUCUUGAAACCUUGCGUUUCAAAGUUACUCAGACCUCUGGGGUUGGAGAUAUUCCGCUGUGGACUAGAGCUGCAGAGAAACACGCUCUGCGUGAGCUGUAUAUCGAAAUCCAUAGCUCUUCUAUUGCAUCUCCGGCCGUACUUCCGAGGAGUUUGUAUGCAGGGUGUAGAAUGCUUGUGAUUUUUGUGGAUGCUGCUUCACCGAUUUCUUUCCCGAUCCUCAAAAUCUUGGAACUUAAAUCCGUGAAGUACCCUGGUGAUGAGUUUGUCAAGAGGUUUCUAUCCAAUUGUCCUGUUCUUGAGGACUUGGUUGUUGAGCAAUGUCCCGGUGAUAAUGUGACCGUUUUCACCGUUAGAGUGCCUUCUCUUGAGAGUUUAUACUUGGAAAAAUCACCAGACAGAGAUAUGAAUGAUGCAGAGGGGUUUGUGAUAGACGCUCCUUCUUUGAAGUACUUGGGCAUUACUGAUACUAUCGGUGGAUUUUGUGUCAUUGAGAAUGAAAUGCCUAAUAUUGUAAAGGCAAAGGUUGAAGCUGAUUACAAGUGUGUUAGCAAUAUUUUGGGUUCGAUAACAUCUGUCAAAUGUCUCCAUUUAUGUUUGCGGUACUCAAAGGAUGUAUAUCCUGUAGGUAGUGUCUUCCACCGUCUGGUACAUUUGAAGAUAUGCACUUGUGAACCAGAGUGGUUGAAUGUAUUUAUUCCUCUGCUCAGGAAUUCCCCUAAACUAAAAUACCUCAAACUCAAACAGUCUCAUACCGCUCCCGACAGACCUCACCCCUGCUGGAUUGAACCGAACUCGAUUCCUGAGUGUUUGUUAACAAGUCUUGAAACUCUGGAAUGGGAUAACUAUGAAGGAGCAGAAGAAGAUAAGGAAGUUGCAACAUUCAUCUUAAGAAACGGAAACUGUUUAAAGAAUGUUGCCGUCUUCUCCUCCACAUCCAUUGACAGCGACGAGAAACUUGAGAUGAUCAAGGAUUUAUCAUAUUGGCCAAGGCGUUCACCUGCCUGUUAUCUAACAUUCGACUGA